CGUGGGUCCUCAGAGCCGCUCCGGCCCCUGCGCCGUUCCUGGGAGCUCGUGAGCGCGUGCGGACAGAGGCGGUGACAUUCACGUGAUGGCGUAGCUCCGGCCCUCCACUUCGCCCGUGUUACCAACAGGUGACCCGCGCGAGCUCCCCGAGGAAACCUGACAGACACACGAAGCCUUCCACCAUCUGGAACUCAGAAACUCGACUGGGGAGGACUGUGGCUUCUGGACCGUCCAGGUGUUUCACAGAUGUGAGCGUUUAUCCCGCACUCACCAGCUGGAGCCCCGAACAGCUGCACGGCCUGUGCCCCGGCUCACACCGUCCUGAACUGAGGGCUCGUUUUCCCAGUGGCCGAAAGCAGCUGCUGACACUGCGGUCUGACUGCCGCACACUGCCCGCCCCCUCCCAGAGCUGGGCUGGAGAAAGCCACGUUCAGGGCUGGAGUCUCCUGACUUGAAUUAGGAUUCCAGGUGGGGGCCUCGUUUCUGUAGCCCCCAACACCCCGAUAGGUGUCCCCAUCACCCCCGGUGUCUUCUGGCAGACUCCACCACCGUGUCACUUCACAGACUCAGAAUCCUCCCCGAUCACCAUGGCCUGGCUUUCCCUAAAGGUCUUGUUGGUGGGGCUGAGUUUCCUGGGAUGUCUUUAUCCUCUCGUGGAUUUUAGCUUCAGUGGGGAAACAAGAGGCCAGAGACCGAAUUUCGUGAUCAUUCUGGCGGAUGACAUGGGGUGGGGUGACCUGGGAGCCAACUGGGCAGGCACAAAGGACACCGCCAACCUGGACAAGAUGGCUGCAGAAGGAAUGAGGUUCGUGGAUUUCCACGCGGCGGCCUCCACCUGCUCACCCUCCCGGGCGGCCCUGCUCACCGGCCGGCUGGGCCUCCGCAAUGGAGUCACUCACAACUUUGCAGUCACGUCCGUGGGGGGCCUUCCACUCAACGAGACCACCUUGGCCGAAGUGCUGCGGGGGGCUGGCUACGUCACGGGGAUGAUUGGGAAGUGGCAUCUUGGGCACCAUGGCUCUCACCACCCCAGCUUCCGUGGCUUUGACUACUACUUUGGGAUCCCCUACAGCCACGACAUGGGCUGCACUGACACCCCUGGCUACAACCACCCCCCCUGCCCGGCGUGUCCCCGGGGCGACAGGCCAUCCAGGAACCUUGAGCGGGACUGCUACUCUGACGUGGCCCUUCCUCUGUACGAAAACCUCAACAUCGUGGAGCAGCCCGUGAACUUGAGCGCCCUUGCACAGAAGUACGCCGAGAAGGCCACACAGUUCAUCCGGCAGGCGAGCACCAGCGGGAGACCCUUCCUGCUGUACGUGGGCCUGGCACACAUGCAUGUGCCCCUGACCAGGACGCCGCCGUCAGCAGGACCCAGGAGUCUAAGGCCGUACAGCGCGGGUCUGCGGGAGAUGGACCGCCUCGUGGGCCGGAUCAAGGACACAGUUGACCUCGAGGGGAAAAACAACACAUUCCUCUGGUUUACAGGGGACAAUGGCCCAUGGGCUCAGAAGUGUGAGCUGGCCGGGAGUGUGGGGCCCUUCACCGGAUUGUGGCAGGCUCGUCGAGGAGGAAGUCCCGCCAAGCAGACCACUUGGGAAGGGGGGCACCGCGUCCCGGCCCUGGCUUACUGGCCCGGCAGGGUCCCCGGCAACGUCACCAGCGCAGCUCUGCUGAGGACAACUGUCAACAUGAUCACAUCUCAGAUCACGCUGAUCUCCUUAUCGAGGCUGACCUGGAGGCCAUGUCCUGGGCACAGGGCUUGGCCACGAUCACACCUGCCCCGAGGUCGUGUCCUCACUUCUAGGAAGCAGCCUCCCCCCGCAUCCCCUCCCUCCCCGCACCCCCCAACUCUGGACCAGCUUCUGGACUGCUCCGUGCUCCACGAGGGCCUGCUGCCCUUCCUGUCUCUGCACGCGUGUUUGGGGUGGCGGCAAGUUGGUGAGCUGAAGCAAUGGGCCGCGUGCACCCUGGCCCUGCCCAUCCUGGCACCGCCCCUUGGGCCCCGCGCUGAGAGCAGGCUGACACGUCCAAGGCUCAGAAUGGUCAGCCAGCGGAAGGCUUCCAUAGCAGGUCUGCACCUGCUCUGCCCCGACCAACCUGGGGCCGUGUGGUCACUCAACGCCCAGUCCAUCCCUGGAGACCAUGCGUCGUCGAAGCAGUUGAUAAACAUCCUGCCUGAGACUGUCUGCCCUUGCGGAGAUUCUGUUACUGAAAGUCACACGGUGUCAAGGAUUCUAACCCACAGACCAGGGCUCCCAUCUCCUGGGUGUCUGAGUAAGGUUGCAGCUCCGCUGACAAUAGGUUUUCCAAGCGCCCCCCCCCCCCAACUUCCUGUCCUCUCCAGAAGCAAACAACACAGCCUCCUGCGCUCCAUGGAAACUUUGAAUCACGUGCUGUUCCACCCCAACAGCGGGGCUGCCGGAGAGGACGGAGCGCUUCAGACCGUCCGCCUGGAGCGGUACAAGGCCUUCUACGUCACUGGCGGAGCCCGAGCCUGCGACGGGAGCGUCGGCCCCGAGCGGCGCCACGAGCGCCCUCUCAUCUUCGACCUGGAAGCUGACCUCGCGGAGGCCGCGCCCCUGGCCGAGGGCGGCGCGCAGUACCGGGCGGUGCUGCCCAGGGUCGCGGCGGCUCUCGCGGGCGCGCUGGACGACAUCGCCCGGGACCGCGUGUCCCGGGCGGAUUACAGCCAGGAUCCCUCCGCGCGUCCCUGCUGCGACCCCCGCCGCCCCGCCUGCCGCUGCCCGGCCGCGUGA